AUGGAGCCCAACAGUCCCAAAAAGAUACAGUUUGCUGUACCUUUGUUCCAGAGUCAGAUUGCACCCGAAGCGGCGGAGCAGCUGGGCCUUUGUUGUUCACAGAUCAGGAAAAGAAGACCUACACCGGCAUCACUUGUGAUUCUCAAUGAACACAACCCGCCAGAAAUAGAUGACAAGAGGGUGACCAACACGCAAGCAGAAUCACAGAAUGCAUCUCCGAAGCAGAGGAAGCAGAGCGUGUACACAGCACCCACCAUGAAAGGGGUUAAACACUUGAAAGGCCAGAGUGAAUCAGCAUUCCCUGAAGAAGAAGAAGGUGUCAACGAAAGAGAAAAGCAAUGGGACCAUUAAUUACGGGGCUGCAGCAAGAGGGCUUCUUGGGAGUACGAACUAUUAACUUUUCUGAAUAACCCACGGACGCUACUGCUUGACUUCCAGAAGCAUUCUCCACCUGUGCUCUCCACACUCAUACCGUAGUAGUACACCUCCUCGGAAGCCCUCCUCGAUUGAACUUGAGAACUAAGUACAGAUUGUUCCAUAUCACUUACACGUAAAGAACAAGCACUUAUUUUACAGGGGUUUUUCUCUUUCAUGACAUUGACAUUUGCAAACAUGGGAGUGUCCUAACUUUAAUACUGCUGAGCUUAAUUGCUGAUGUCCUACUGACAUAGUUUGCCUUCUAAGGUCAAAUGUAAAUGGCAGCAAUUUAAGAGUAAAAAGUAAAUAUUAAAUACAUUUAGACAUGAAUGUGUGUCUGGG